AUGUCUCCCCGAACCCGACCAGCCCUGUUGCUCGUCGCCUUGGCAGUCCUGUCGAUAUCGUCGCUGCCCGCACGCGCAGAGCGAGACGCAGUCGUCCCAGACUCCCUCGAGCGGAUACGCCACGGGCCCGCGCUCCCUGCCAGUGCUACGGGGUUGAAAAGCGCCCGCCACCAAGACCAUCACAAAAGGGGGGACGAGCACGACGACAGUGAUGACCGUCAUCCACGUCCGGCGAGCAACGCAAACAAUCACGAACCACAUGGUCGUGACCCCCAGGGAGCUAGCCACGCUCAUGCUCCUCCUGCCGGAAAGCGAGAUGAGCCCCCUUCCGCGCCACCGGCCUACACCCCGAUCGUGACGCCGGCGCCCGACCAGGACGCCGCUCUGGCCAGCCAGGGCUACAAACAACUCACAUACUACGCAUGCAACACCGUUGCCGGCAGCGAGCACUGCGGCUGGCAUUUGCCCGUCGUCAAGGCCCAGGGGGUGAGGAGGGAUUCGGCCACCGUGUGGCUGGUUGUCGGGUGCUUGGCCGGCGUGUUUGCCCUGGGGUUGAUGUGA